ACAGAGUCACACACACUCUCUCUGUUCUGUUAUCGCUCUGAAUUUUUGGUGACCAUCAUUACAGAAGGAAAUCGGGCUCGAGGAAACCCUAAUUUUCCCACUCAAGCUCGCACAGAGGCUUACAAGUAAUCGUCAUUUUGAAAGAUCGGAGAUGGGAUCUGGAGCUGGGAAUUUCCUCAAGGUUAUUCUAAGAAACUUUGAUGUUCUUGCUGGGCCUGUGGUUAGUCUUGCUUAUCCUCUAUAUGCCUCGAUUCAGGCAAUUGAGACCAAGAAUCCUGUUGAUGACCAGCAAUGGCUUACUUACUGGAUUAUGUAUUCCAUGAUCACCCUGUUUGAACUUACCUUUUUCAAAGUCCUUGAAUGGAUCCCUAUCUGGCCAUAUGCAAAGUUGAUCCUCACUUGUUGGUUGGUGCUUCCUUACUUCAAUGGUGCUGCCUAUGUUUAUGAGCAUUAUGUGAGGCCUUUCUUUCUCAAUCCUCGGACUCUCAACAUCUGGUACGUCCCAGGGAAAAAGGACCAAUUGAGUAAACCAGAUGACAUUCUAACUGCUGCAGAGAAGUAUAUCCAAGAACAUGGAACACAAGAAUUUGAGAAUCUCAUUCACAGGGCCGAUCAUUCUAGGAGUGGCGGAUAUAGGACGUACGAUUAGAGUUAUGGAUACUGAGUCUUUUUCCUUAACUACUACUGAAUGCAAUCUUUUAGCCUGUCUUCUGUAUGAAAGGGGGUCCAUGUACAUGUUAGCAUGAUACUGACAUUUUCUCGUCUUUACUUGAGUGAUACUAAUUUGGAGUUUUUGGUGGUUCUUACUAUUGUCUAGAAAUUUUCAGCGUGUAAUUAUGUUGGGUUCAGUAAUGUACGUUAUGUCUGGCGGGCAUGAAAACGGUGGUAGAUAAUAAUAAAAGUUCAAAAGCAGCUGGUUAAUAUUUUUCUC